AUGCGUCCACACAUUGACCCGGCUUCCGACGACGACACCAUCGUCGGCCACGCCACGCCGUCUAGGGCUUCGACAGACGUGUACGAUGCCACGGAAUCGACCCCGCUCAUUGCAGGAGGUUCAUCCUCCGCACGCCAGUCCGAGCGGCCCGGCGCCGGCCGCAGCAGGACCGACUCCCUCCUCAACGCCGCCGCCGCUAUGCACGUGCCCAAGGUCCACAACGCCGAUGCCAUCGCCGCCAUCUUCUGCGCCAUCAUUGUUGUCGGCGCCGGCUCGGGCGGCCUCGGGACCAUCCCCAUUACCCGCCUGGUCGAGGACAUUGUGUGCAGGGAGUACUACGGCGUGCUGCAUUCCGGAAAGGGCGACGUGCCCAUCGACGAGGGCCAGUGCAAGGAGGACGUGAUCCAGAGCAAGGUCGCCAUGAUCUUCGCCGUCUACACCGCGCUGCAGGCCAUCAUUGGCACCGCGUCCGCUUUCCCCUGGGGUAUCGUCGCCGACCGGCUGGGGAGGAAGAAGGUCUUCUCGUUGGCGGUGCUGGGAUUGAUGUUGGAUCAGCUGUGGUUCCUCUUGGUGUGUGCGUUUCCCAAGACGAUCCCCCUCGAGGCGCUGUGGUUCGGUCCGUUCUUGCAGAUCAUCGGCGGAGGCAACGCCGCGCUGUCUGCUGUCGUCUUUUCCAUGCUCUCGGAUGUGACGACCUCGGAAAACAGAGCCAAAAAGUUCAUGGCCGUUCAUCUGUCGUCCAUGAUCGGGAACCUCUGCGCCCCCGCCAUCGCCGGGUGGAUGAUGGAGAGGACCGGGCCGUGGCCGGUCAUGUGGGUCGCCCUGUCCGGCUUCGCCACUCUGUUCUUCACCAUCCACUUGAUCCCCGAGACAAAGCCGGCCGCCCAGGUCUUGCCGGACCCCAUCGCGGACGAGCGCGAGGCCAGCUCGUUCGUCGUCGGUAACAUCCAGCACAUGUUCCACCGCCUCAAAGAGUCGUUGAGUCUCCUCAAGUCGCCGUCCCUCAUCCUCCUACUUGUGGCGACGCUCAGCUCGUACCCCGUCAUACUGUCGACUUACCAGUUUAUGACCAUCUUCGCCUCGAAGCGCUACCACGUCUCGCUGUCGCAGACGGGAUACCUCUCGUCGCUCUAUGGCUUGGGCGUGUUCCUCGCCAUCGUCGCCAUCCUCCCGGGCAUCUCCAAACUGCUCGCCUCGCGCAGGGCGCCGAAACCCCUCCAAUUCAUCGACGACAACGCGCGCGACCUCUUUCUCGCCCGGGCGUCGUCCGCCGCGCUCCUACUCGGCGCGGUCUGUAUGGCCGCCUCGCCGAGCAUCGGCGCCUUCAUUGGCGGCCUCGCGAUUCUGUCUCUCGGUUCGGGUUGGGGCAGCUACGUGCGUAGUCUUGCCGCGAUAUACGUCGACGCCGCGCAUCGGACACGGCUGUACUCCAUCAUCUCGCUCGUCGAGACGGUGGGCAUGACGUACGCGCAGCCCAUGCUCGCCGGGCUCUUUACCCUGGGAAUGAGGCUCGGGGGCUUCUGGAUCGGCCUGCCGUACCUGGGUGUCGCUGGUUUCUGCCUCGCUGCUCUGGGUUUGCUUCUCUUAGUGAGACUGCCGCCGGCGGAAAAGGGCAAGCAUGCGUCUGGGGAUGAGGCUGGGACCCCCACCACCCAAGCUCAGUAA